UUUCUCUGCUCGCAAAACACAGCCUAUCUCUUCCACACUGCCCUGUUUUGCCUGCCCACUUCUCCAAUACUUGUUGAGAUCUUCCUCGCUGAGCAGCACGCAAUGGUCGAGACUGAUGAGAGCAGCCCUGUGCUGCAGUCGGACGACCCCGUCACACUCUCAAUGGAGACGUUCCCCAAAGAGUACAGGGCGUCCAUCGAGCGAUACGAGAAGAUAUACGGACCAAAGUCGACAGGACUCCUCAACAUCUGCAAGAGAAUGGAGACGGGUGCUCCGGAAACACUGUACACAUCCUUCGCUAACGAGGACAUUGCAACAGGCCAGGCUAUCCUGACAGACCACCCCUUGUUCUUCGUCGACGACAAUAUGAAGGCGACUCCGCACAACACCCAAGUCAUCAAGAACUUCAGCGAGACGCUACACCCCAUGGGAAGAACCCUGCUCAAGGCUUUGCCCAACGUGCUCCACCGACAGCCCGUCAGCAAGCAAUACGCCCUGUGCAAGUCGUAUGGGCUACCGAUUCGCGGCGUCAAGGUACCUUUUGACCAGAACAUGAUCCCAACUGAGGGGGCCGAGCAAACAGACAACGUCCUCGGCGUCUUCCCCUUCAUCGCACGCUUCAUUCGUCACAGCUGUACGCCAAACGCUGUCGCUCAGCCAUACGACUACAAGGGACGAAUGAGCAUGGUCGUGCGCGCCUUGCAGCCGAUCCAGAAAGGAAAAGCCAUCUUUAUCGACUAUUUUGAUUGCGGAAGCGCGACAUAUAACGAGCGUCAGGAGAUGUCCGUGGAAAAGAUGGGCGAGCUGUGUUACUGCCAGUACUGCUGCUGGCAGCAUGGCUUCGAGCCACACGCAUUUGCGAGUCGCAGUGCGCAUGAUGUGGCGCGAAGCUCGAUCCAGCAGAUGCUGGAUGACCUCUGCCACAAGCGAGUGACACGGCCGAACAUGAGCAGCACGAUCCUCAAAGUCCGCGGCUUGAUGAGAAUUGUCUGUCUGGAGCAUGGUCCGCUGAGAAUGGAAAUGUUCCGAGCCGCGGCUGACCUGUGUCUUCAGGACAAGGAUUAUAUACGUGCCAAGUAUUUUUUGAGAAUGGCCCUGGAGAUCGACGGCCACAUAAAUGGGCGCGAAAGCAAGCGAUGUCGCCUUGCGCGACGCUUGUUCAGGCAAUUCGAGAAGAGUCUGCCGUCAGGGGUCAACGAAGAGCUGGCCGCCAUCGAGGAGGGUGCACCUCGAGACGCCCUGCAGCAGUGGCUGUAUCACUGCGACGACAGUCUGCCCAGGCCGUCGCAGGUUUCCCAGUUCUUUGACCUGCGGCAGAACCAAGAUAUCAUCAAGACCAUUGACACGGUACCCUGGAAACACAGCAUCGACCACCGGGAAUACGUGGCUGACGGCGAGCCCCGCACGCACUGGAUGAUCAUCGUGCAGGUCGACCACUGGGCACCGCCGAACAACCCGUCGUACGGCUGCGUGGACCAUGGGGGGAAGAAGCUGGAUCUCUGGACGCCUCAUUGGAGAGCCAACGAGCACGCGAAGCACAAGAGACUCGGCAGCGACUUCAGCGAGAUCAAGGUGGGCGUGGUGCUCUACCCUUUUGCCGUAGGGCACGGUGCGCUGUCCACGAAUCCGCUCGUUCACGUCCAGGAGAAGGAAAAUUUGACAGUCCUGCCCAUCCACACUAUCAAAGAGCUGAUGGAGCUCAACGACCGCAUCCAGCGAUACUGCCCACCGAUUCAGAUUGGCAAGGAGCAUCGGAACUGCUUUGGGUGCUAUGGCAUCUUUGAAAAGACAAUGCAAUGUUCACGCUGCGGCUUCUUCCGCUUCUGCGACAAGGAGUGCUUCAACAAGGCGUGGCCUCGACACAAGCAAGACUGCGACGCAUUGUCCGACGCAGACGUGCGAGAGCUGUUUCUCCGUGACUGGCGCCGCUUCGAGGCGCCGGUGGAAUUUUCUCUCGCGAGGGAGGACUGGAUCGCGUACCAGAACAGGAGGAAGAGGGAUCAGAAGAUGGUCACCUCCGCCAUCAAAUACGCCGACCAGAAAAGGAUCGAGGCGGCAAAAGAGUUGGCCAUGGCUGCUGUGCACAGUAUCGUCAGCAACAAGGCCAAGGCUCUCGAUGAGAGAAGAAAGGAGAAUGAGGAGGCCGCCGUAGAAGGUCAGGCAGAUGGCAAAAACGGAGCAGAGCCCAAGAGCAAGCCGAAAAAGUCUAGGAAGCGAAGGACAAAGAAGUAAAGGGAGCAAAAAGGGGGAAGGCAGGUAUUGCAUGAGGCCAUGACUGAAUAUGAAGAUAUGCGCUCCUCCGACCAUUUGAGACUAAUGAUAAGGGUAUACAAAGGAAC